UAAAAAAUAUAGUUGUCAACCAUCUGUCAAGUUGCUAGAAAAGUGAAUGUUUUUUCACGAUUUAGCGUCUUUUUGUUUCGUUAAGCAUUCAAUAUGUUCGAAUACAAUACUGAAAACGACUCCUCUGACAUGUAGCCUAUUCUGCAAACUGUAAUAAACGCACGUACCUUCAAUUGUGUCGGCAUUGUAGGUUAUAAAGUGUACCUAUUUCGUUGUUUAGUAUCGUCAUCAUUUCAUUGGUUCAGCCGGACCUAUUUUUAGAUUGUUAUAGCUCUUUAACGAAGCCUAUGUUUCGAGUGUUAAUUAGAAUUUGCGUUGAUUAACGUGUCGAAGUGAUUUGCCGGUGAAAAUGGGUCUUAUCAUUUCCAGAUUUCGACGCAAAAAAACGACAACAGAAAUUCUAGAAAAACUCGAAACCAACAUUAAACGAAUCGAACAAGAUGGGCAGAGCAAAGAGCAGAAACACAAGCGGGUCAUCGGCUACGUUAUGGCGUACUCUGUGGGGCUCUACGUGUUGUUCGCGAUAUUGUACUACUUUGUGUAUGUGGGGAAGAGUCAGUACUGGCUGAGUUCAGUGUUACAUGCUUCACCGCUAUUGGUGUUGCCUAUUGUUGUAAUCUUCCUACGCACCGCGAUAUCGUGGUACUACAACUGGACGAUCAACAAGAACAGGAUAAAGCUGAACAAAAUGAAAGAAGAGAAGAAGAAGAUACUCGAAGAGGUCAUGAACACUGAGACCUACAAGGUAGCGAAAGAAAUCCUGGACAAGUAUGGGAGCCCUGACGACCAGUCCAAAGCCCUGAAGCCGUUCACGCCCACAAUCAACGUGCCUGGUAACAGCGGUAACCCUAGCACGCCCCCAGCUACGCCCGGCCAGCUGAGACAACGCCAACUCGCGCUGACAUCGACGCCGAUCAACCAGAACAGAGAGCUGAUGCCCAUGAACAACGUGGGGUCGACGUUCAGGGGGCCCAGGUUGAGGAUGUCGGACAAGCAAGCCAACGGUGUGCCCUCUGUCCGUUUUGCCGACGAGGACAACAAACCAUCUGACCAACUGCCUCGCCCAUUAUUGGAUAAAAACCGCUCUGCCCUAGACAAAGUGGUAGAUUACCUGCUGAAGGACGGGCCCAACCACCGCAUGGCUCUCAUUUGCAACGAGUGCUCUUCUCAUAAUGGAAUGGCAAUGGUAGAAGAGUUUGACUACGUCUCAUACGUGUGUGCGUACUGUGGACGCCUCAACCCUGCGCGUAAGCAGCGCCCCGCGGCCCCACUGCUGUCUUCACCGCGAGCGUUGCCGGACAUACCGCGCCGAAUGGGCGGCGACGACUCUUCCAUAUCCAGUUCCAGCGACAGCGAUGACGACAAAAAAGUCAAGAUAUCUGAAAUUGGAAGUUCAGAAGCUGAAUCGGAUCGGCCCCCCUCUUCAUUGGAAGGGACUCCGAAAUCCGCCGCCGGAAAGAAAGAAGACUGAACGAAUAAAAAUCUAACUUGUUCCUUAGAAUCUUCUCUAUAUAGAGUGCGAAUUUAAAAAUGUACGGAAAAUAUGUUUUCCUGGUGGCGAAUUGGUCUGUAAAGAAACUGUCAGUUCAAAAGUGUUUGUCUCUGACAGGUUGGUGAAUUGAACCUUUUAACCUUUUCUUAAAAUUAGACUUUAACCGGUAUUAAAUAUGUUUCAAAAGUCGAAAUAUGGCUGGAAAUACCGCGGCAGUCUUCUAUCUUGUCUUAGAUUUGGAAAAAGACAAAAUUAGUUCAGAUGAAAGCACUAAUUAGUUUAAACAUUACGUCAAAAGUUUAAAAAGGGGAAUACUGGUUGUUUUGUGUGCCAGAAUUGGGGUUUUGUCAAAUUAUGGCAAUUUUUAAGGUACUGUCAGUUUAGUUCAAUGUGAGGUACGUUGUAUGAAAACGGCGUUUAGGACCUAUUGUCGUAAGAUGUAAGCAAAGUAAAUAAAAUUAUCUUAUGACUAAAUUACCUCACAUGAUUGCAUGAAUUUUUAACAUUUAUAUUGGCUCUCUUCGUAGAGGCUUAUUUGAAAAUUCAUCGUAAGCCGCAUAAUAAAGUGCCUAAAUUAUUUCCGCGCCAAAAGUGACUUCGACGACAGUCAAAUUUUUUUUAUAGAUUGCGAAAAGAUGCUUCCAGCCAGUGGUUUAAAAUUUAAGAUUAUUCUCAAAAUAAUGUAAUAUCGGAUGGCAAUAAGAUAGCGUUUAAAAUUCCUAUAUUACAAUGAGAUAUGUUUGGAUUAUGAAUAACAAAAUUGAGAAGAAAAAUUGCUUAAGAUGCUAUCUUUGCUCUUUUUAAUAAAUUUGUGGUAAAAUUGGAAUAGAAAAUUAUGUUUAUUUUAUUAUUUAGUUUUGACAUGAGGCUCUCGAAGAACAUAUUCGUGCCUUGCUAAAAAAUGGUUCGUUUAGAGGUAAAUUAUAUGCAAUAAUUAAGUAACUAAAAUAGUCAAACUGUGUUGCUAGUAAGCUUUUCUGAUAUCCAUUUUGAUAUUCAGUUCAGAAUAAAAAAGUUGCCAACUAUUUAUUUUAUUUGCGUUUGGUUUAUCUCUAUUUUAUUUUAUGUAAAAACUUAAUGGAAAAGUAGAUUUUGUAGCAGUAUUGUUUCAAGCAAUAAUACAUUUUCUGUUAAGUUUUUCCUAUAGUUUAAUACUUAACUCGAUACGAACGAAUAUUUAUUCUUAUUUAAUUUGUAUCAAUUAAUAAGUUAUUUUGAAUCUUCAUAGUUUCUAGUUUAAGCUGGUUUAAAUAAUUUAUUUUAAACAUAAUUUAAUUGUAACUAUAUUUUUUUGGGCCCGAUACUUAAAUGAGCUUGGGGUUAUGAUUGGUUUGCUUCAGAGCCAGUGUUGCGAAGAUAUUAAAAUAACUUUUUUUUACAUCUAUGAGGACUUUAACUCAAAACAAAAAUGCUACAUUAUUACCAUUAGUAGCACAAAAUGAACAUUUAUUUUGGUACUGUUCAGUAUCAGUCAUUAAUAUAAACUUUUCUAUUACGAGUAGCACGUUGGAAUACCUUUCUUUGGUCGGUCUUUAGGAUUGAACGAUUAAUGACAGCAAUAAAACCAAUUGUAACCCCAAACACUAGUACUAACAAUUCCAUUAAUUACCUGCAUUUUAUCUCAGUCUAUAAAAUUACUAACAACAUUAGAAAUUCUUAAGUAAUAUUAUUUUAUUUUUGAAGCUAUGUUUGUCAAUAUAAAUAACCAAAUACAGCUUGACAUUCAUAUGGUUAUCCUCUUUUUUAUAUCGUUGAUUGCAAUAUUCGACAUAAUAUUACUUCUUUACCUGCUCUCCAUGACGGGCGUGAACUUAAAUCUCGACAUGGUUGUUAAAAUCGAAUGAAUACUUAGUGUAGCAAUGAAUGGACUUAAAAGUCAACGGACUAUUUCAUCCUGCCAAAAUGUAGCUUAAAAAACAAAAUAAGAAUUACUUUUUAAAAUAUACUCAAACGCUUUUUCUAGUCACAUAUACUUGGUGAUCCGAAAGUUGCAUUUAAUAACCAAAUGCAUAACACAUUAUCAUAACUGUCAUUAAAUAUUUAUUAACAUUAAACAUCUUAUUUGGAUCACCAGCCAAUUAAAUUAAAAUAACACCUAUGAUUUGUAAUUUUUAACAUAAGGUUAAAAAGUUAAACAUUUUAACCUUUUCUUUAAUUUCCGAUUAAUCAUGAGCAAAAUAUAUUUUUUAAUUGUAUUCCCAGACAUUCCCUGAUGUUUUUUGUAGUUUAGUGUUUGGCCUUAGUACAAGCCCGAUACAGCCAAAAUGUUUGUUUUGUAGUAUAUUUGAACAACAAUUUAAGUACAGGUAAAUUAAGGAAAAAAGGCGCCAAUGGGUCGAAUGAGCGAAUGAAUACAAAAAAACAUUGGUCAAUGAAUGUAUUUUUUUAUUCAUUCACCUGCUUAUAGAUGAGAUUCUUCAAGGUCACGUCACGCGCGUCAGAGGGCCUACCGGGAAAACAUAACUUCGCGAAUUGCGGGAAUCUUUCUCUGUCACACUAAUUACGCCUUAAUUGGAGUAAAAAAGAAAGAUUCCCGCAAUUUGACUUCGGUAUUCUCGGAAGGCCUUCAACAGGGGUCCUACCAUCAUCAUCAUCGAAAAUCGUCAUUUGCCUCUCUAUCGCUCUUGCAAAUUCGAGUGAUAGAGAGAUGGAUCUCGAUUUUAGUUUAUUUUUAAAGAUGGGGUUAGGCUUUUUUCGUGAUUUUACCUGUACUAGUCAAUACAUGAUCUAAACCGUGGUAGUGGUAUCCUAUAGUGUUCAAUAAUGAGGUUUUACUAAGGAAUGAAUCUUCAUUGUGUGUAAAUAAUGGAGUCAAGUGAAUAGUGUUGUUGAAUUUGUUAUUUAUGCUUGUAUUCAUUAGGUAUUUUAUAUUGAACUAAUAUACAAGUACCCAGUU